GUUGCACGUCACAAUUUCUAGUGCUAUCGCUGGCGACCAGAGUUCAAUACUGCUCGUCGAUCAUUGCCAGCACUUUGUUAGACUCGCGCCAAAUGAUUCCAUACCACUUUCUAUAGCAUUAGCUUGCACGAAGAAUGAAAAUGACGCGACCAGCGCUCGGUUUAGUUUUCGCGCUGGCACUGUUGCUAUGGCCCUCGCCUGGUUCGUCAGAAGCCCCAUCGGCCGAUGGUGGGAAGGGCACGCAUCAUAAGAAAGGCCUGAACUUAUUUCAUAUGGGCGAGGACGCGUUGUCGUGGGACAGCAUGGAGCUAGCACGGCUGCGCAACCUGCACGGCCGCAACUUUGAUAGUGCUGAGGAGUUCUUGAGCAACGCCACGCUGGCCGAGUACCUGGGGCUGCACCAGAUCCACUCGCUGCACCUGCCCGUGCCGCUAAACGUGGUGCUGGUGGGCUUCGCCGGCGACGGCAACGGUGGCGUCAACGUCAGCCAGCACGAGCUGAACGAGUGGUUCCAGCACCUGGACCACGUGCUGCCGCACACGCGGAUAGACCGGUCCGAGCUGACGUGCCAGGAGGACGGCCAAUGCGCGGGUCUGGUGCACGGCCGCUUCCACCCCACGCCCAUGCCCUCGCAUGUGCACUUGAAUUUUACGUGUAACGUGGUGUUGGUGAAGCGCCGGAACGUGGUGGACGCCUUUGAGCGCGCCAUCGCCGCUUUCAGCCGCCCCGUGGAUCCGGCGGUAGCCACAGGCCUGCAGCAGGUCGACGCCAGCAAGAUGGAGGCGUUCGUGGACCACUUUGUGAGCGGGCUGGGGCUGGAGGGCAGCUACAGCAUGAUCGUGAUCAACCCCACGUGGCACGUGGAUGAGCCGGUGUACGGCUACCGCAUGGGCGUCAGCGCGGAGGAGCUGCAGGUCCUCAAGGGCCAGGCCGACCGCCUGCGCACCGUCAUGGCCGCCAUCCGCAGCCCCGAGCCGGUGCUGCCGGGCCACUCCCCCUCCAGCAGCUGGAACGGACACGCCUGGCCGCACGGCAACAGCGUGGCGGGCAAGUUCGCGCAGAAGGAUGCCACGUGGGACAGCGAGCGCUGGGUGAACUCGGUGGUCAGCUACAUCCGGCAGGAGGAGAUGUGGCGGCGCGGCCUGCUGGACGCGGCGGGCAAGGAGCGCGGCGGCAGCGCCCUGGUGCAGGCGGCGCGGCUGCUGUCGCGGCCCGGCAGCUUCAUGGGUGGCAUCCUGCGCAAGGACCUGCUGGACCCAUGGGACGAGGCGGCGGAGCAAGUGCACAGCACGUUCCACUCCUCCCACCCCGCGGAGGACUGCCUGGUGAACACCUGGGUGGGCAGCGCCGGCCGCUGGCUGCUGGUGGACCUGACGGCGGGCGGCAAGGACUGGGGGCCGGCACUGGGCGGCGACGGCGUGGUCCACCACAGCACGCUGCCCAAGGUGCACGAGCUGUUUGGCGAGGUCAAGCGCAAGAAAGACCACGUGCGCCAGCUCGCGCAGCACCCCGGCAGCACGGACCUGCAGCUGAACGAGGCGCUGUCGCAGGCGCGCGCCUCGCGCAUCCCCUCCGUCGCCAACCGCCACCACCACUCCUGGCUGCUCAAGCGUCAGGCUGUGCGCCGCGCCGCUGCCGCGCCCAACGCCCCGGCCCUGGACCCCGUGACCAAGCAGCAGGAGGAAGAGGAGGAGCGCGCCUGGCGUGUGCAGCACCAGAUGGUACUGCUGCAGGCUGAGCUGGACCUGCUGGAGGAGUGGGCGCUGCGCUACUGCAACGGCCAGGAGCACGCGCCGCUGGCGUGCGGUACCUGGAAGGACGAGGCCGUGGCGCUCAGGUCCGGCCUGAACAAGCUGCACGGCACCGCGGGCGCCGAGGCCACCUACGAGCUGUUCCGCGACCACAAGUGGGAGAUCUUUGGAGGCGAGCGAGACCUGGUGGAGCUGGACCCCUCCCUGUACGACGAGGAGGAGAUCAGCCGCGACACACUGCUGGGCGAGCUAGCGGGCGUGCUGUCCCGAGCCAUACGGCACGUGGUGGCGCCGCCCACUGCCGCCUGGCUGGGCCGCCGCGUGGUGGCGGCGCCGUCGCCCUCGGCCGCACCGCCCGCCAGCGCGCACCCGCAUGCGCACGCGCCCGCGCCAGGCCCGCGCCACACCACCGCGCCGCCAUUCGCCUACCAGGUGAACUUCCAGAUCUACCUUAUCAGCGACAACACGCGGCAGCUGCAGAACAGCAACAGCCCCGGAGCCACACCCGUCACCGCCAACUUCGACGUGGAGGCCUACAAGGCGGCGGUGGACACACUGCGCAUGUACAACCAGAACUUCAAGUUCAGCGUGACCCGCAUGGGCCUGCACGACAACCCCUCGCUGGCCGCCGCGCUGGCAGCAGCCACUCGCACCACCCUGCAGGAGGUGCCCUCCUCCGAGGACUUCUUCGAUUCCGAGAUGGAGCGCGUCUACGUGGACAGCCGCGAGCUGGCGGACAUGCUGCGCCGCCACUUCCCGCCCACCAGGCACCAGCUCAAGCAGCUGGAGGCGGCGGGCAGCCGCGCGCAGCGCAUCACGCUCACUUCUCCCACCCGCGACGUGCCCGUGUACGUGCUGCAGCUGGCGCGUGACGUGGCGGUGUUGCUGGACGAGCACUACAACGCCCGCGCGCUGGAGGACAUGGUGCUGGUGGUGGCCAACAGCGCCAGGAGGGACGAGCACCCCACGGGCAUGAUGUGCGGCGGCAACCUGGUGGCUCGUCCCAUCAGCCCGCUCAAGGAGGCGCUGGCCGCCACUCUGAUGCACCUGGGCGGCGUGCUGCCGCCGCACCUGGGCUACAACCCACGCGCACACGCCGUCACACACGACUGGCUGUGGAGCGUGGGCGCGCACCCGCUGUCCUUCACCAGCACGGGCCUGGGCUACACGGCGUUCCAGAAGGACGCGCUGGCCCGCUCCUACCUGCUGGACGCGCUGGACACCAGCGUGGAGGCGGUCAACGCCGCGGUGGCGCAGCUGUCCAAGGCCAAGACCAGCGCCAAGAUGUGGACGCACAUCAAGGGGCACCAGACGGGCGCGCGCGACCUGCUGCGCAAGUUCGGCGACGUGGUGGCUGUGUGGCGCUCGGCCGCCUCCAUGGCCUACAGCCUGGACUUCACCACGGCGCUGGAGUACGUGCGCACGCUGGAGGGCGACGUCAACAGCCUGUCCAUACACGCCUUCGUCGUGUCCAACAUGGCUGACCCGGUGCGCUGCGCCAGCCAGGUGGUGGACCGUGUGGGGCUGCUGGUGCCGGUCACCUACGUGGGCAGCGCGGCGGUGACGCUGCUGGCGCUGCUGUACGCGGUGCUGCCCAAGCUCAUGAGGAGCAAGGCCAAGGCCAUGUAGAUUGCGAGGUGUUGGUGUUGGUGGAAGGCAGGUUAGCGAAUAGCGAUAUGUGACAGGCAAGAGAAAGGGUUCAAGGAAGACUACAAGGUCCUGAAAGGUUUGGUUUAGGUGGAGGAGGCUGCAGUGCGCGCGCUGCUUGGGCUCGAGAACGGCUCGGCAGAAAAACCCUGGCGCUGACACGUCAACGCGUCACUUGCCGCGCAUCUUCUACCCUUCAAAGAAUUAUUGGAGCUCCGCCCCUGGGCGUAAGCGGCGUAUGCAAGAGGCGGGCACAUGUGCGCAUUCGCUUGCGUGUAAUAGGGAGCCAGCACGAGGUGCUCCUGCAGGCAAUGUGUGUGUGACAGGACAGUGUUUAGGCAGGUUGGUGGAGUCCCCUAGGGUUACAACUCAUGCCCAGACCCCAGCAGAUGGGUGAGAUGGCAGACAAUUUGCAACGGCAGAGCAGGAGUGCGCGGCUGGUCGAACUCACGGCAAGAAGUACGUAUGAGGUAUGUCCGUAUGUUCGACACAAACCCUC